UCCGACAGACUUGCGGAUCAACAUGUGGAGCCUGGCGGCGGCCACCGUGCAGCUUCUGGCCAAAUCUGUGCGCCACGCCGCGGGGAAGGGCCACAUGCAUCUGAACCGCUGGCUGCAGAAAACCCCCGAGUCGCUGGACUGCGAUAAAAUAGACUUGUUGAUCUGCAGCGCCGGCGCAGGGAAGGCGGAGGCGGAGCUGCAGAGCGCCGAGGCCGGCGUGUCGUCCUUCUCGGUCGGGGACCCGAGGAGCCCGUGCUGCGUGGCGACCUGUUGCUUCAAAAGCGCCCUGCUGGCGUGCCUGCUGACGGCCGUGUGCUUCUCGUCGUUGGCGCUGGUCCGCCAGCACCUGAAGGACCUGCUGCUGUGGGUGGAGAGCCUGGACGGCUUGGUGGGGGCGCUGCUCUUCGUGAUCGGACUCAUCACCGUGUCGUUCCCGUGCGGCUGGGGCUACAUCCUGCUGAACGUGGCCGCCGGCUACCUGUACGGCUUCGUGCUCGGCCUGGGCCUCGUCAUGGUCGGGGUCCUCAUAGGAACCUUCGUGGCCCACGUGGCGUGCAAGCGGCUGCUCGCCCACUGGGUGCUGCAUCGGGUCGGCAACAGCGAGCAGCUCAGCGCCGUUAUACGGGUGGUGGAGGGCGGGAGCGGGCUGAAAGUGGUGGCUCUGGCCCGGCUCACCCCGAUCCCCUUCGGCCUCCAGAACGCAGUGUUUUCGAUCACAGAUGUGUCCUUGCCAAAUUACUUAGUGGCUUCCUCAGUGGGCCUUCUGCCCACUCAGCUCCUGAACUCCUACCUGGGGACCACACUGCGCACUAUGGAGGACGUUAUAGCGGAGCAGAGCAUAAGUGGAUACUUUGUGUUCAGUCUACAAAUCUUCAUCAGUAUAGGUCUGAUGUUUUACGUCGUGCAUCGAGCACAAAUGGAACUGAACGCUGCCAUCGCUGCCUGUCAGAUGGAAAUGAAAUCCUCCCACAUGAAUGGCAGCAUGGCAAACCACAGUAGCUCCACCUACUGCAGUAAAAGAGCUUUGGCAGGUGGGGGGAUUAAUGUGGUCUGAUGCCUAAUGUCAACAUUUUUCCUGCUGUGAGCAUAUUUCACCUGCCUCAUACCUGGAGGCACAGCCUGACAGGAAUGCCAAGGUGAAGACGGAUCAGAGGAGAUGAUUAGGCCAUGGCAGGAAGUCUGUGUCCCUGUAGUACAGCUAGCAGGGAGAAGCUGCAGCCCUGGUCAGUCCUGCAUGUUCAGGUUUAAUGCUGGUGUGUGGCGACGUGUUCACGAAGCUGAGAACUUUCUUCCCAGAGAGGAUCAGCACUGGUUGGAUAUCAUCCCCAAAGGUUGGGACAAUGGGCCAGUAUUUUGUAACGAAAGAUGAAGUUAAAAUAGAGCCUCAUAGUUUCUUCUGUAUGUUUUGUUUUGAAAUUUAUUUUUUAUAUCGUACAAAUUUAAACUAGAACAUUUUUAUAUAUAUAUCUAGAGCAGGUGUAAAGCAUGUGAUUAGGGAGAGCACUACAGUGUUGUAGAGUAUAUUGCUGUGGAGGGCCCAGCUGCUAAUGUAUAUCAGAUGACGCUCAGUGAGCAACAUAAUUCUUUAAAACAUGUCUGAUUUAAGGUUUAUUACAUUGGCUGUAAAUGCUUAAUAUUGUCAGUUUUUAUGCUUCUUUUUGAUACUUUUCAAUAUCAUAAACAAAGGAAAAUUAUUAUUAUUAUUAUUAUUAUUAUUAUUACUAUUAUUAUUAUUAUUAUUAUUUGGAGUGGGAAAAAACUGUACCCCCUUGCUAGGAAAAUGUUUGUUGCUUUUCCAGACUGGGUUUACUUACAAUUUUUACAGUUCGGCCAAGAACAGAUGGAAAGGAAGUAAAAAUUUCCCAGCAGGAUAUUUAAGAAUGUCCUGCCAAGAACCUUGAGUGCAGCAUGAUUAACUGAACAGUGUGAUCCUCCCUGUUCAGUCUCUCAUAUUGCUGUAUGGGGAGGACUGCUGAAAUCUCUGGCCUUCUUUCUUGUAUUAUUUAACCAAAUGCUUUGUUAUAGGGCUGCUAUAAGUUUUGUUUUCUCAGCUCACUAAUUUUGCCUUUUAAGUUGGAACAAAUUUACAUUGCAUUUUAUCUUGUGCAAUACGUGUGUUAGGCUAUCACUGUUAAUGUUUCAGGUAGUUUAUAUUAUGAUUAUUUAAAACCGGGAGAGGAAAAGUUAAAUGCUAAGUUAAGCAGGAUAGUUGAUUCAUAUUAAUAUUAUUACUGCAAUUAUUUGAUGGGAUAAAAUAUUAGAAACUCAAGAUUCACACAGAUUUUAAAUUAGCCAUGGGAAUGGAUUCGUUAGCGGCACUUUAGGCCAAACUCUGUCACUUUCCCACAACAGGAUUUAAUGGGAGAAAUGGAUACAGUCAUUUGCCUGAGCACUUCUGGUCAAAUGACAUGUUUUGUUGAUUUU